CAAAACAAGACAGAGAGAAAAGAAAAGAGAAUCCCCAAAGAAGAGAGGAAGAAAAAGGUUGAUGGCGACGUCGAAGCUUAAAGCUCUGUGGAAUCAUCCGGCGGGACCUAAGACAAUUCAUUUCUGGGCUCCAACAUUCAAAUGGGGAAUAAGCAUUGCUAACAUUGCAGAUUUUCAGAAACCUCCAGAAAACAUUUCGUACCUUCAGCAAAUUGCUGUGACAUGUACUGGAAUGAUAUGGUGUCGUUGCAGCACUGUUAUUACUCCUAAAAACUGGAACUUGUUUAGUGUUAAUGUUGCUAUGGCAGCCACUGGGAUAUACCAACUCACCCGUAAAAUAAAGUAUGAUUAUGGAUCCAAAGCCGAGACUGCUACUGAAAAUGUAUGAUGAUGAUGAUGAUGAUGAUGAUGAUGAUGAUGAUGAUGAUGAUGAUGAUGAUGAUGAUGAUGAUGAAAAGUUGUUCGUAAAUCUUGUAACUUAGACAUCUCUUUUGUAUCAUUAAUAUAUGCGCCAUUGUUUGAUGUAUUUUGUUAGAUAGUGAAUGUUAAAAGAGCGAUACUACAUGCUUUACAUUCACAAGGUUAUCAAUGAUAAAUCAAAUUAAUCAUGAGGUUUAUCCA